UGAAACCUAGAGCCGCCCUCUUCCUUUCAUUUCCCUAGUUUCCAUUUCUCUUUCUUUUGAGAAACUAUGACUAAAAGGAAGCUAAAACUAGCCUUCAUCGAGAACGACUCGUCACGAAAAGCGACAUUCAGGAAAAGGAGGACGGGCUUCAUGAAGAAGAUGUAUGAAAUCAAUAAACUUUGUGAUGUCCCAACAUGUGCUAUCAUGUAUAGUCCAGAUCAGCCUCAACCUGAUGUCUGGCCUGAUCCUUCGGAGGUGCGACGCCUCAUCGAGCUGUUUAAGAACGUGCCUGAGAAGGAGCGAAACAAAAAGAUGGUGACCCAUGGGAUGUUUCUGAAGCAGAGGAUCGAAAAGGAGCAGGAGAAGCUGAACAAGUUGAAGAAAGAAAACCGAGAGAAAGAACUUCGGAUGGCCAUGAGCCAAUGCCUCGCGGGGAAACCCUUAAAUGGCUUGGACUUCACCAAUUUACAGGAAAUGGGGUGGAUGAUCGACGAGAAGUUGAAGGACAUUGCCGUGACAAAGAGCCGAAAGGAGAACGAGCUGGCAAAGAUAAAUCAACCCUUAGUUGGACAACCACCAGCGCAUGCAACAUCAGCCGAUGAGAACACUCAAGACGCCAUACAACUGGCUCCAUGGUCUGUGGGGGGCGUGCGGAGCUCAAAAUUUGGUGAAGUGGAUGAUCAGAUAAUGCCGCUUGGGGAUUAUUAGGACUACCAUGUUCGGUGGUGCUAGGUGGUCUAAGAACCCUUUUAAUUUCUCUUAAGCUAUUUAAGUAGUUUUUGUUGUUUGUUAUUUCUGUUGUUUUGCUUCAGCGUUGUUUUAAGUUAUUUCUAGUUUGAUGCUUGUUUACCUUGGUAUCAAAACCACAGGGUUUGUAUGUCUCUUAAUUUCUUGAUUUUAUGUACUAAAAAUUAA